GUAUAAUGGAAAAAUUUGCACUGAUGCUGUGGAUCUUUCUGGUUCCUCUCCAUGCAUACGUGCUUCAACCCAGUGCAGAUGUGGUGGCGAUAGAGGACUCCUGGAGUGAGGGGAGGUCCUGGUAUGAGGACGGGAAGGAUGGCACAGGGGAACCUUUGCCUUCGGCUGGGGAUCAGGACUCACAUGGGGAAGGUGGUGCAGAGCAAGAGAGGGGCCCAAGAGCUGAGGCCGGGGAGGUGGAGAGGGAGGAACGUUAUGAUGCAGAUGGAGACAACCGAGAAGACGAUCAAGACGAGGGGAAAAGGCACGAGGAAAGCCACAGAGAAGGAGAUAUGGAGGAACGGAGAAGUCUGGAUGAGGAAAACAAAGAGGUAAUGCAAAGAGGAAGAGAUGAAUAUGAUGAGAGAGAACUCAGCGAUGAUUUGGAGGAGGGACAGAAAAGAGGAGCACACAGAGAUGAUGAUAAAAAAGAAGAAGAGGAGGGAGAUGAAAAUGAAACGGAUGAGAGGCAAGAAGAUGAGAACGGAAAAGACAAGGACCAGGUGGGAGAAGAAAUGGUUGAGGUGAACAGGAAUCUGAGGGAAUAUAGAGUUGAAGAUGGUAGGAAAGAGACAGAGAAAAUUUCCAGUCCCUCUAUAGAGAGAGACAUCUCUCAUUUGAGCCCUAACCCCAGUCCCUCUGUUGCAAAAGACAUCCCCCAUUUUGACAUCUCCCAUUUGAACCCUACCCCCAGCCCUACCCUCCAUGUAGAUCAGAACUCUUCAGUAUCACAACAGGGCCUGGACCCAUUCCAAACCCCUCUCCCUACUGCGGACAGCACUGUUGCUCCAACUGUCAUUCAGGGGCCAGUGACAGCCAGAGAAAAUGAAGAACCCACCUUCACCGCAGUGAAACCAAUCAGUGCGCCUGUUCAACUUUGGAACUUAACGGACAGUUCUCAGCCACGCCUCAGGGAGGAGGAGGAGGGAUUAGCUCCCAAGGUGACUGAGGUGAAGGUAGACUCAUUCAGAGAUUUGACAAAUGCAAACUCGGACACACAAGAGCGGAAAGGGUCGGAGAAGGAAAGGUCAAAGGUGAACCGGCCAAUGCCGAAACCAAAAAAGAAAAAGACACACCCGGGCAAAAAACCAGGGAUGACAGGAAAGAAACAACAAAACAAAGUCAAAGCAGAGGACAAAAGCAAAUCCCUAAAAAAAGACAAAAACAAGAAGAAUAAAAAGAAGAAGCAGAAGGAAAACAAGAAGACUGAGAAUGAGACUCACUUCCCCUAUUUUAAAGAUGAUUACUGCCCCCCUGACUGUGCUUGCUAUGGAAGAGUGGUCCAAUGCUCAGACAAAGUCUUGGAUAAGAUUCCGUAUGGCAUCCCAUACAAUGCCCGCUACGUCCUCCUCAUGAACAACCAGAUCUCCGGCAUCCAGCUGGACCUACUCCGUGAGUACAUGUCACUGGAAUUUCUGGUGCUUAGCAACAACCUCCUGACAGACGGAGGCAUCGAAGGGGCCUUUGAGGGCAUGAGGCACCUGAAGCGCCUCUACCUGGACAGGAACCACCUGGAGAGCAUCUCCACUGACCUCCCUCUCUCCCUGGAGGAGCUGCGUCUGGACGGCAACAAUGUCAGCGUGAUGUCGGAGGUGGCCUGGGCCCGCUGCCCCAGCCUGCAGGUCCUCAGCCUCAACAACAACAGCCUGGGGCCCGAGUCGGUCCCGGACGGGGUGUUCACCCCGCUGACCAACCUUCGCACCCUCAGCCUCGUCCAUAACCUCCUGACCGCUGUCCCGGUCCACCUCCCCACCAACGUCAAGGAGCUGUACCUCCGUGGAAACCGCAUCGACCAGGUCCCCGGCGACGCGUUCACUGAAGGUUCUGAGCUGCUGGUUCUGGACCUGAGCGCCAACCGGCUGACUAACAAGGGCCUCACCAAGGCCUCUCUCCGGCCCCUUGCUCACCUGGAGAACCUGAACUUGGAGGGAAACCUCCUUAAGAACAUCCCGCAACACCUUCCUCCCACCCUCAGGACCCUCAGCCUGGAGGGGAACGCCAUCUCCUCUGUCAGCAAAGCGGCAUUUUUGAAGCUGCCCCACCUGGAGCAUCUGGGCCUGUCCCGCAACCAGAUCACCAGGGUGGCCCCCGGGGCCUUCUGGGGCCUACCUGCCCUGCACCAGUUGGAACUGGGACACAAUGUCCUCCGUCAGGUCCCUCGGCGCCUGCCCCCCUCUCUGCACUCCGUUUCGCUCGUUCACAACAAGAUCCACUCCGUCCCACGGGACUCCUUCUGUACCAAAGGCAAGGAUUCACCGCUCAGCAGGCUGGUGAGGGUUCACCUGGAGCACAACCUCAUCCACCUGGCGGACCUGGACACCCAGGCCUUCAGCUGCCUGAGGGGCUAUCAGGUCAUCCACCUCUACUGA